AUGUCCGAGUCAAAGAACCCUGCAGACUCGCCCGAGUCAGCUACCCAAACCCAACCCUCAAACUCAUGGCCCUCAGCCACAACUUCUCUUUUUCUAAUCCUAAUACUUCCCGUCAUCACCGCCACGCUCAUCUACCAACUCGACUCGUUCGACCCAGCCCCUCUGCCUUAUCACGAGUUGACUCGCCGCUUAACCAGGAGGGCUCCUGCUCACAACCCUCGCAUGCUUCGAGGGUCGGAGCGUGUGGGCUUUGGGGUCUUGCGGGGCCCCGAGGACGUGGCUUAUCAUUCCGGGUCGGGGCUUAUUUACACGGGUUGUGAAGACGGGUGGCUCAAGCGAGUUAAACUCAACGACUCUGAAAAUCCCGAGUUUGUGGUGGAGAGCUGGGUCAACACGGGAGGCAGACCGCUCGGGCUCGCUUUCGGACUUCACAAUGAAGUUGUCGUCGCUGAUGCCGAUGAGGGCCUGCUGAAUGUAACGAGUGAGGGUGAGGUAAAGCUGCUGACAGACGAGGCUGAGGGUGUAAAAUUUGGAAUUACAGACGGUGUAGAUGUAGCCGUGGAUGGUACGAUUUAUUUCACAGAUGCUUCAUACAAGUACAACUUAAAACACUUUGUUUGGGACUUUUUGGAGGGUCGGCCUUAUGGUAGAUUCAUGAGCUAUGACUCAGCAACCAAACAGACCACAGUGCUGGUUCGCGAUCUCUACUUUGCUAAUGGAGUGGUGGUUUCGCCGGAUCAAAGCCACGUAAUCUUCUGUGAAACCCCCAUGAGGCGGUGUAGAAAGUAUUAUGUACAAGGGGAUAAAAAGGGAAGUGUGGAGACUUUUAUUGAUCAGCUGCCAGGCUUGCCAGAUAACAUCAGAUAUGAUGGAGAGGGCCAUUACUGGAUUGCAUUGUCAAUGGCACCUACAUUGGCUUGGGAUUUAGCUGUUAGAUAUCCUUUCAUCAGAAAAGUUAUGGGAAUUAUGGAGAAGUACACAGGGAGACCCAAUGUAGAGAAGAAUGGUGGCGUUUUGGCCGUUGAUUUAGAUGGAAAUUUGAUUUCACAUUAUUAUGAUCCAGGAUUGUCACUAGUUUCAAGUGUGAUCAAGAUCGGAAAUCAGAUUUUCUGCGGCUCGAUAUUCCAUCCUUACAUGCUUCGCCUCAACAUUCAACAAUACCCAACAAUGGCUGUUGCUUGA